CAUCGAUAUCGAUAACCACCUGUUGCCCUUUGUUUACAUGUUUUCGUUCUGGCCAAAUAGAAAGUUGGCUCAAAAGCUCAUCAUGGCCCAGAUUAGUAGAUAAUAUUAGUUGGAACCAUGAGUUUGAGUGUCCGAGCCAUUUUGGCCGUUGGAGGGGUUUUCCUGGGAUGCUGCAGUGGCGUCGUCUUCCUGGAACUGCUCGUUAAACUGGACCCCGGGGCUGGAAAUCUGAUAACCGCUGCCCAGUUCGCCUUCAUUGCCCUGGAGGGCUUCGUCUUCACCUCGAAGUUCGGCCUGGCCAAGCGAGUCAUUAGCCUAAAGGACUACGGACUGUUGGUGAUGAUGUUUUUCAUUACAAGCGUGUGCAAUAAUUACGUUUUCGAGUUUAAUGUUCCCAUGACGCUGCACAUGAUUAUUCGCGGCGGCUCCCUCAUAUCCAAUAUGUGCCUGGGAACGCUAAUUCUGAAGAGGAGCUACAGGAUCAGUCAGUACAUAGCAGUGGUUAUGAUCAGCGUUGGAAUCUUCAUCUGCACCUACUUCUCGAGCCGGGAUGUGGCUGGGAAGAGGGAGCAUUCAACGGAGGCGGAUGUAUUUUGGUGGCUUGUGGGUGUGGUCCUCUUGGUGGUUGCCCUAUUCAUUUCCUCUUACAUGGGCAUCACCCAGGAGCUGCUGUACCGGAAGCACGGGAAGUGUGCCCGGGAAGCCUUGUACUACACCCAUCUCCUGCCGCUGCCUGCCUUCCUGCUGAUGCACGAGAACAUCCGGACGCACUGGCUCCUGGCAUUCAAGGGGGAAUCCCUUCACUUGCCCGUAUUUGACCUGGCUGUGCCCCUCGUUCUAGUAUUUUUGCUGGGGAACAUUCUGGCCCAGCACCUAUGCAUCAGUUCCGUGUACACACUGACCACCGAAUGCUCUUCCCUCACGGUUACCCUCAUUCUAACCCUCCGGAAGUUCAUCUCGCUGGUGUUUUCCAUCGUUUACUUCAGGAAUCCCUUCACCCUGUACCACUGGAUGGGCACCUUGUUGGUGUUUGUGGGCACACUAAUGUUUGCGAAUGUGAUAAGACUACCCCAAAGGGUAAAAAAGGACGAUAAACAGGAUUAGACUGGGAACUUUUUAAAGACUUUGUAAGACAUUCCAGACUUUACAAUAUUAGUGAUAAGGAGGGAACAGUAUUUGUAAGGUUCUAUAUCGAAUUAAAUGGCAUUUUUUACAAAAAAAGGUACAAACAUUAUGAG